AUGAACCAGACUCCGCCUGGCACUACUUUUUACAAUUUGCCAACAUCUCCCCCGUCUUGGGACCGACUGGGCAUCUUCUACAUCGCAUGGGCCGCAGUGUGGACAACUCUGGUCUUCAGCAGCAUGGUCUUUUGUUGGAUUAACCGCAAAAGUCCCAUUCUCAGAAUCCGUGGCCUCCCGCUCUCAUUUGGUGCUAUUGUCCUGCUCCACUCAUACUGGAUUCUAGCGCAAAUCACCUACCCCAUCGCACACACUAUGCCGCUGGUGUUGGCCUAUGAUAUUCAGUUCUUCUUCAUGGGCAUCUACUUCCCUCUGGGUAUUGCGCUUUUCCACGCUUCAAACCUGCGAUUCCUGCAUGUCGCCAAACGUCAAAAACAAUUUACGCACCAGGCCCUGAGGAUGAAGAGUCGAGGAUGCGACGGCGCCAACACUUCGUGGCUAUGCCGCUUCAGAAACAUGGGAUACACGAAGCGCAUCAUGUCAUCUAUCAGAUUGGCAUGGCGAUCCAGGUACUGCACAUCCAUGAACAUGAUUGUACUCCUCACGGUCGCCUGCUGGUUUGCCGUGAAGAAAUACCAUCCCACCUACGGUCUGCCUGGCACCGAAAUGAAGAGCACCACGCUGCCCGCGCAGUUGGCUGAGCUUGGACGUGGCUGGGAGUGGUGGCCGUCACUAGUUUGGCAGUUCAUCUGGACUUGGCUUGUUGCGCCUGUCCUCAUAUACAGAGCUUGGGGUAUUCGCGACACCCUGGGUUGGCGCGCCCAAACAAUCGGCUGCUGUCUGUCCAGUCUUCAUGCCACCCCCAUGUUUCUUGUUGCAUCAUAUGUUCCGGCUUUCGAAAAAGUCAACAUGUUCUUCUCGCAAAGCCAGUGGAUUCAUCUGUCCAUAAUUAUGUUUGAAAUCUUCACUGUCUUUGUUCCUGCUGUGCAAGUUGUCCGCCUCUGGAUGCUGAACAAAUGGGCAGCCGAUAUCAACGCCAAAUGGGAGACACAAACACAAGACUCGGCGCUGACAUCGUCAAAAAGUGACGAGUGGAAUUUAUCCGCCCUUAGCAUGGCCGAGAAGGGCAAGCAUAUGGACUUUACCGACAGUGAGAUGGGCGACCGUGUCAUCACGAUGAAGGCACUGGAGCAUGUUUUGACCGAGAACCCCGCCCCCCUUCUGGAAUUCUCUGCACUGAACGACUUCUCGGGAGAGAACAUUGCUUUCCUCACCCGCGCUGCUCAUUGGAAGACCUCAUGGCCGAGCAAGAGGCCAACCGCUGACCAGUGUCUCAAAGUCUACAAUGGCGCUCUCAAGAUCUACGCCAACUUCAUCAGCCCACUGGACGCCGAGUUUCCUCUGAACUUGCCGUCGGCAGAUCUGAAGAGGCUGGAGAGCAUCUUUGAGAAGCCUGCUAGCAUGUUACGUGGCGCUGCUCGAGUCAACCCGGCGAUCCCUUUCGACUUUGAUGGUCCUAUGCCCCGUAGUCGCAGUGACUUCGAGACAGAUGCCACCACAUUUUGCGCACAGUAUACUGGGGAUAUCCCGGUCGCGUUUGAUGAGGCCGUCUUCGACACAGUUCAAGACCACAUCAAGUACCUGGUACUGACAAACACGUGGCCCAAGUUUGUUGCAGAAAUGCAGUCGUGCAGGAGGUCUGGAGAGACGAGCCGAAGUAUUUCUACUGCCGCUUCUAAGACGACGACUGCGAGCCGCGUCUCUAGCAAAAUUUCGAGUAUUAUUUCGUCCAUUUUUUGA